AUGGGUUCAACGAUUUCACAAAGUGAAAGUAAUGUUGCUUCUUUUUUUGCGGAAGAUGAUAUUGUUGGUGAUGAUGGAUCCAUCUAUAAUCACCAACAAUAUUCAACAAAAAACAAUUCAGCCACCACUUCUAAUUCUACUAAUUCUAAUUCUAAUAAUUCUAAUGUUUCUAAUAAUAAUACUAUUAAUAAUAAUAUAUAUUGUGUUGGAUGUAGUGAUGGAGGUAAAACUUCAUUUCACAAUCAAUUAAAAUCCAAAUUUCACAUGAAAAUUCACAAGAAUGAAAAAAUCAGAGCUACACUCAUCAUUAAAACUUGUCUAUCAUCAAUUCAAGAUAUAAUUUUCAUUGUCAUGUCAGAUCAAGAAAGAAAUGAUUUUAUUCAUAAAAUUAAAAAAUCAGAUCCACAAAUUUAUGAUUUUUUACUCAACUUGACAAAUAUUACAAGAAAAUGGGAAUUUACAAAAUCAGAAUCAAUUCAAUAUGGACAAUAUAUUAGAAUGAUAUGGUCUAAAUAUAAAAUAAUACAAGAAUUAUAUUAUCUAUAUAAGGAUUCUCAUCAUUUAAUUGAUAAUAUUGAUGUGUUGUGUAAUGAAAUGAAUAUUAUUAUUUCACAAUUAUCAGAUCAUCAGAAAAAUCAAUUUUUAAAAAAUACUAAACGACGAUUAAAUCAACGUUUAAAUUCUACCACUGAAAUUGUAACAAGUAAUUCUUUAAAUUGUAAUCAAUUGGAAAAUAAUUUAUAUGAUCAAGAUGAUGAAGAAGAUGGAGAAGAACAGCAACAACAAGAUGCUGAAGAUUUAUAUCAAUUAGAUAAUCAUAUUAAUAAUAUUAUGAAUUCAAAAAAAAAGUCAAAAAAAAUUUCAAUAUUUUCAUCUAAAUUUAAAUCUAAUUUUAAUUCAUCUCAACAAAAUAAUAAUAAUACAUCUCUAAAUAAUGAAAAUAAUAAUGAAAAUAAUAAUACUAGUCAUUAUGAUAAAUAUUCACCACUUAUUAAAUUUUUAACAAUUGGUAAAAAUGAAACAAAAUUUCAAUUUGAUUCUAAAAAUUUAUUUACAAUUUUAGAUUUAGGUGGAAGAGGAGCAGAAAAAAAGAAAUGGGAAUUCUUUUUAAAUGAAACUAAUGCUGAUUUUGUUUUAUUUUUUGUCAGCAUGUCUGAAUUUAAUCAAAAUUUAAUUGAAUCUGAUAAUAUAAAUAGAUUACAUGAAAGUUUAACUAUAUAUAGAGAUAUUAUUAAUAGAGCUUUAUUAAGAAAUACUAAAGAUAUUAUUUUAAUAUUUACUAAACCUGAUAUAUUUUUACAUAAAAUGGAAAAUAAUAUUGAAUUUAAAUUACCAAAUAUAGAAGGAUUAAAUAUUCCUAAAAUGGAAACUAUUAGACCUGAAUUAUUAAAAUUAAAAGAUAAUAUUAAAUUAGAAAUUAAUAAUUUAAUUAAUUUAUUUGAAAAUAUUCAUUUAAAUUCAUUUAAUAAUAUAACAUUUAAAUAUCAUAUUGUAAAUAUAAUAAAUAUUAAAGAAUGUCAAGAAUUUAUUGAAAUUUUAUUAAGACAAACAAUUGUAAAAGAUUAUAUUGAAAAUUCAUUACAUAAAUUGACAAGUAUAAAUUAUUCUCCUUUUAUAUCAAAAUGUUUAUUUAAGGAAAGUAAAUUUGAAAUUCAAAGAUUUUUAUUUUUCAGAUUGUAA